UCAUGGCUUGUGCUGGUCUGUGCUCUCUCUCUCCCCACCCUCUGUUCUUCAUCUCCCUCCCCUCUCUCUCCACCUCUCUCAUCAUUGUGAAGGUGGUGUGAACGGUAGGGCUAGGAGGAGGACACACAGCAUUAGCACGGGCAUCCCCAGCAUCAUCACUCAGCAUCCCUUCACCUCAAAGGACAGAAUGGCAGAGGGCUCAGUAUCAGAAGCAGAGGUGGAGACGGCCUUCAAGAAGUUUGCCAUUCAUGGGGACACCAAGGCUACUGGGAAGGAGAUGAAUGGCAAGAACUUUGCCAAACUCUGCAAGGACUGCCGGGUCAUCGACGGCAAGAACGUCACCGCCACCGACGUGGACAUCGUCUUCACUAAAGUCAAGGCGAAGACAGCUCGUGUGAUCACCUUUGAGCAAUUCAGCCAGGCCCUGUCAGAGUUGGCCCCGAAACGUUUUAAAGGGAAGGGCCAGGAGGAGACGCUGCAGCAGCUCUACGGCCUCAUAGCAGGGAAGGAGCCCUCCAACGCGGGCGUCACCAAAGUGGCCAAGGCAGCGGCGGUGGACAGACUGACAGACACCACCAAAUUCACGGGGGCACACAAGGAGCGUUUUGACGAGACUGGCAAAGGGAAGGGCAAGGCUGGGCGAGAGGAGAUCCCAGAUGCCAGUGGCUAUGUCGGGGCCUACAAGGGCAAGGGCACCUAUGAGGAUAAGGUCAAGGAAGCAUAGGCAGGAUAGAGGAAACAGAGAGAGAGCUACUUAGACCCUACCAUUUACCCCUAAGACCCCCUAAAUACUGGACUUUCAAUUAGAACUGAGAACUGCACAGGUACAGGUGGAUGAACUGUUCAGUCACUAGAUGCCAUAGUAUCAGGGGAGGCCAUCAUUGUAAAUAAUCAUUUCUUCUUAACUGACUUGCCUAGUUAAAUAAAGGUUACAUUUAAAAAUGUAAAAAUAUAUCCUCAGAGUUACAGGGUGGGGUUGGGGUGGUAGGAUGGAGAGGGGAGGUGUAACGGUUCCAGUGGGGAGUAAACCUGAAUAUGAAACAUUACCUUUAUUAAUUGAUAAAGAAUAAUGAUUUCUUAGGGAGAAAAUGUACUUAAAUAAUCUAUAUACUCCCCCUUCCUAAAUGCUCCAGCCCAACCCCUGACCCCAUCCCUCCCAGCUUUACUAAACACCUCAGUCAGCACACUUAUUACUACAGGAAGUAACUCAGCUCCCUACUACUACAGGAAGUAACUCAGCUCCCUACUACUACAGGAAGUAGUCAGCUCCCUACUACUACAGGAAAUAACUCAGCUCCCUACUACUACAGGAAGUAACUCAGCUCCCUACUACUACAGGAAGUAACUCAGCUCCCUACUACUACAGGAAGUAACUCAGCUCCCUACUACUACAGGAAGUAACUCAGCUCCCUACUACUACAGGAAGUAACUCAGCUCCCUACUACUACAGGAAGUAACUCAGCUCCCUACUACUACAGGAAGUAACUCAUCUCCCUACUACUACAGGAAGUAACUCAUCUCCCUACUACUACAGGAAGUAACUCAUCUCCCUACUACUACAGGAAGUAACUCAGCUCCCUACUACUACAGGAAAUAACUCAGCUUCCUACUACUACACACAUUGUGCCUUAUCAUUGAGGUUGCUUCUAACACUAAUGCCCUGGUAUUAUGCACUUCUUUCACUCACAUCCUUCUCAACUGAUGUACAUAGCUUCAUCUGCUCUGCUAUAAUAACUGUAUAUUGGAAAUAUAAAUGGAUGAAUUAAUAAAUACAUUAUUAGAUGAUGUAAUAGAUUAAUGAAUGGUGAAUACAUUCAAAGGUAUAUAGACUGUAUCUGGACAUUAUAGUCCUUUGCUUGUGCUGUAGAUUGGACACAUGGAAUAAGAGACAGAUGAGUCCUCUCCUCCUCUGAGAAGAUGAGAACUCUGUCUGUUGGAGGAAUGGGAGCCUCCUGACUGCACUGCAUUGUUGUUCUGUCCUUCCUGAUCACUGUACAGUCUAGCUGUGUCUCCCUCUGUUCUGAAGAGCUGGAAAAUACUAUGUAAACGCUAAAAUAAAUCACUGAGCAGCAAAUCA